AUGAAUCAAGACAAGAUGAAGAUAGUUUUAAUUCUGACACUGACAACAAUGGGGCAUGUUUUUGGAUAUUUCCAAAUUCAGAAUAAAUUGUCUUCAAAGACAUAUAAUCAAGAUGGUGACCUGAUAUUAGCAGCACCUUUUAUAAUAUCAGGCCCAGGAGCAACAAGAGAUGCACUUUGUAGUGAAAGUCUAUACUAUCUCACAUCAAUGCAGCUUGUGGAGGCAGUUGCUUUUGCAGUCAACAAGAUCAAUGCAAGGAGGGACAUUCUACCAAAUGUGACACUAGGUUUCACAACACUAGAUAUUUGCCUACGAACAUCUGCAAGUCUUGCUGGGAUGUUGCAUUUCAUACCAAUGAGUGAGGAAACCAAAGCUUGCGACAACAUAUCAUCAAAUAUCAAAUCAAGAUUCAAGGAGAUUGUGGGACUUGUCAGUCAAAUUGGAAGUCGAAGAAAUCAACUGAUUGCCAAUUUUUUGAAUAUUUUCUCGAUUCCCCAGAUUGCCUCUGUGUCUACAAGUGAUAUUCUGAGCAACAAUGAUGACUAUCCAUACUUCAGUAGGGUGGUUCCACCAGAUAGGUUCCAGGCCCAAGCCAUGGUUGAUGUCAUGUUAUACUUUGACUGGAGCUAUUACUCUAUGGUAUACUCUGAAGGAGCAUAUGGAGCAAAUGGUAUGGGGCAUGUAAAUCGCAUAGCAAAAACUAAAGGUCUGUGCAAUGCAUACCUAGGUAUGCUCCCGGUCACUAUCACCGAUUAUACAAUCUAUGAUGAAAUAGUGCAAAACUUAAAAAGAAAGAAGGCAAAAGUCGUAGUUUUAUUCUUGGAACCAAUACAUAUCGGAGAAUUGUUGACCUAUAUUGACAAAUACAAUGCACAAGGUGAAUUCAUCUGGAUUGGAUCAGAUACCUUUGAAGAACCAGAAGUAGAGAAGUUCUCAGAAACAGUACAUGGGGCAUUUUCUAUUCAACUGAAAGCUCAACCUGACUAUGACUUCAUCACACAUUAUGAAAACUUGACUCCAUGGAACAAUCCCCAAAAUCCCUGGUUUAAAGCUUUCUGGGAGCUAGCAUUUGACUGCAUCUGGGAUGUUAAUUCUACUGACAACCGUCCACUCUGUACAAACUUCAAAUCUCUUACAGAAUCAGAAAAGCAUAAAAAGACUCCUUGGGUUCCUCUCUUAAUCGACACAGUUUAUGCCUUUGGGUAUGCACUUGACAAUCUCAUCAAGAAACAUUGUGUUGAAGCUAUAGGUAAUAAGAAAGAUCUCUUGCAUUGUGUACAGAAGUCUGACUUGACAGCAUUUAUAAGGGAACUGGACUUCAGAGGCAGUUCUGGUAUAAUAUCAUUUGAUGAAAAUGGCGAUGCAAAAGGAGCUGGUUAUGUGAUCAAGCACUUCAUCCCAAACAGGGACACUGGGUAUGAAGUCAUUGAAAUUGGUUCUUGGAUUCGUACAACAGAAACACUUGACCUCUACACUCGAGAUGUGUAUUGGUAUAAUAACAGCAAAACUGCUCCCAAUUCUAUCUGCAGCCAGGAAUGUGAUGUCGGUGAAAUCAAAAUUCAGCUUGAGCUGCCAUGUUGUUGGGACUGCUUCAAAUGUUACCCUAAUGACAUCACCAUCAACAAUUCAUACUGUUCACAUUGCCCAACAUUUGAAUGGCCAGAUGAAAGCACAGCUACAACAUGUACUCUGAUAGAGCCAGACCUCAUCAAGCUAACAUCUGACUAUUUAUUCACAUCCCUCUUUGUUUUAGCAUCACUUGGAAUGACUGCAACAUUAUUUAUACUUGGCUUGUUCAUAUAUUGGAGGAAUGAAAAGAUAAUCAAAGCUUCAACAAAGGAGUUCAUAUACUUUCUUCUCAUUGCCACAGUGCUGGUUUAUGGGAUCAGCUUUGUGUAUCUUCUCAACCCCAGUGUGAUCAUGUGCUACUGUGGACGUGUUGGCUUCAGCAUUGGCUUCACAAUUCUAUAUGCACCAUUACUUGUCAAAGUUGCAAGAAUUCACUACAUAUUUAGGGCAGGUUCUAAAAUGCAGAGGAAGCUUCCCAAGUGGAUUGAGAUAAAGAAAUCACUGAUCAUAACCUUUGCACUGAUCACAAUUCAGGUUGGAAUAUCUGUUGGAGUGAUACUGAUGGCUCCUCCAGAUGUGAUAAAGAGAAUGCCUGUUGAGACAGAUAAGUUUGUAGAAGUGGUUUGUGAUUUCCCAAUGUGGAGCAUGAUUGCAUCAAUAGUCUACAACUUGGUGCUUGUCUUAGCAACUGCAGCAUUGGCUUUUCUAACAAGAAAACUACCUGACAAUUUCAAUGAAACCUUACACAUUCUGUUAUCUGUGUGUGCUACACUGUUUCUUUGGUUGUCAUUUGUCCCCACAUAUUUCAUAACAUAUCGAGCAAAGCACCAGCAGAUGUUGUUCUCUGUCAUGUUCAUGUUGACAGGGCUUGUUUCUAUACUCUGUUUAUUUGCGCCAAAGAUUUAUGUUAUAAUGUUCAUAAAUGAAAGUAAUAUUACAUUUUCCUCCACAUUUUCAUUUAACAAAGAUCACACUGCAAGAAAUAGUGACAAAACAAGACCACAAUCUUCAACUGACACAAUAACUUAA